UGUAUAAAAGAACAACAAAGAGCUACAUAUCACGGCUCUUCUUUGGCUAGGAUACAAUGGCAGCAACCUUCAAGUACCUUUUUCCCAUCCUCUUCCUUACCCUUAUAGUCAAAGGGUCUUGUGAGUGUUCCAUAAACAACAUCAAUAUUGGCACUACAAGAAGUGGGAGAGUAAUACAAGGCCAACCUGAGUGGAACGUAGUUGUGAUCAACAACUGCACUUGUACACAAAGCCAGAUAAGGUUGUCUUGCAAAGGGUUUAAGACUUCAGAGAGUGUUAGCCCAUCAAUUCUUUCCAUAGAAGGUGACAGCUGCCUCCUUAUCAAUGGCAAUCCUUUGAAUAGUUUUGCUACUGUUCGCUUCUCCUAUGCUUGGGAUCCUCCUUUCCUCUUAUUGCCUACAAGCUCUAGUAUAAGUUGUUAAUAGGGAUAUAUUUUCUGAAAUGUUUCAUAGAAAAACAAUAAUAGAAAUGAUAAUAAUCGUCAAUUUUAGCAUUCUAUGGAUUUUAUGGGUAUACUAUGGGCAUUAGAAACCUUGUUAGGGAAAGAUUGACCUUAUGCAUCCCAUUCUUGAAAAUAAACGAGUAUUUUCUGCAA